GGUGGUAAUUCGAGUGGUUUUCUCGAAUCGGACCGUCGGCGUGAGUCUGGGUUGGCAUUGAAAGAGAAGGGGAUCUGAUUCUCAGAAUGGAAAGGGAGGACAAACUUAAAGUUCGUGAAUGCGCACGACAGGGGGGACAUUUGACAAACGCUUGUGCCCAACAUUAGCUGUCACUUGUGGAGCAUUUCUAAUUGUCAGCUCCUCUGUGGUGAUCGAGCUUGAGCACAGCUUCCCUUACAUGCAAGUGCCAUCUGCUUUUAGUGAUAACCAAAUUCUAUCGCAGAAAGUGCAGCUUUCAGUAAUAGCUGCCCCGCUUGCAACAAAGUUGAAGCCAGACCAUCACAUCAAGGUCCUGAGCUUCCAUAGAACAUGAUAUCGUGGGAUAUCCUGCUGUGGCUGGCAGGAUUUGUGGUUGUCGCAGGUCUUCUUGGCAUUGUGAUGUACACGCUGAUCUGCCUUUCCGACCUCGAAAACGACUUCAUUAACCCCCACGACUCUGCUGCGCGCAUCAACAAGUUUGUCAUCCCAGAGUUUGCGGGCCACGCAGGACUCACCGUUCUCUUGCUGCUCACUGGACACUGGGUUAUGUUCCUCUUCAACCUGCCACUCAUGGUGUAUCACGCCCGGCAAUAUUCUAGAAACUCCCACCUCAUGGACGUCACGGAGAUCUUCAAAGAUCUGGAGGCAGAAAAGCGACUCCGGCUUAUAAAACUGGGCUUCUACUUGAGCCUGUUCAUCGUAGUCAUCUUCAGGUUGGUUGAGACGGGAGUCGGCCUGCUCAUGGAAGAGCAUGGGGACACCAUAGAAACGAAAGUUUUUGGAAACAUGGCUGAGUAAAAGGCAACGGUCUCAUGCGAAGCAACUCUCUUGCAGCCUGGUGGGGCACUCCUGACUGAUACUCUCUGAGAUGGAAAUCCAGUGAGCUUUCAAGAAGUACCCACUCAUGCAUGCUUCUUACAUGAUAAGCCGACAUCCACCAACAUCCAAAGCAUCCAAGCUAGCUCAGGCGCGCUGCCGGCCUGGCUGCAUAUUUGAUCGUGCUGCGAGCUCGAUGAGGUGUUUGUUGCGAUUGUACAUCCUAUGCUCGACAUGCGAGCCUGACAGAUAAUCUAAAAUUCUGUUUUUACUUCACGUCCCUUU